GAUUCUUGGGGAAUACAUCAGAAAACCUGGGACUGAUUAUCUGAGUUCACAAGUCUCUCCCAGCCUGUUACAGUCAUGGAACAUCAACAAAGUAUUAAUUUGGAAGAAGAAUUUGAAGCCCCAGAAGCUGUACAUACAGGACCUAAAGGGGUGAUCAAUGACUGGAGAAAAUUUAAAUUGGAGAGCCAAGACCAAGACCGUCUUCCUCCAAGCAAGAGAGAGCUCCUCAUCAGGCAAAUCUCUUCGCCCUACAACUGUCAAAGCAGAGAUCACAGAGAACGAGAACGAGUCAGUCGUAAGAUGAGUGUGCAGGAAUAUGAGUUGUUGAAUGUCAAAGAAGAUGAGAGUUGUUUACAGCAAUACCGGAAGCGCUGCAUGAAGAACAUGCACGAGCGACUGAGCUUUGCGCCAAGGCAUGGCUAUGUUUCUGAGCUGCAGGAUGGGAAGGAGUUCCUGGAAGCUGUAGAGAAAGAACACAAAGCCACCACUGUAAUUGUCCACAUCUAUGAAGAUAACAUCAAGGAGUGUGAGGCACUCAACAGCAGCCUUACUAAUCUUGCUGCUGAGUAUUCCAUUGUGAAAUUUUGCAAAAUCAAGGCUACUAACACAGGGGCAGGAGACCGUUUCUCCAGUGAUGUUCUUCCAACCCUGCUUGUCUACAAAGGUGGGCAGCUUGUAAGCAAUUUCAUUAGUGUAACUGACCAAUUGAAUGGAGAAUUUUCUUCUACAGAUGUGGAGACUUUCUUAAAUGAGUAUGGGUUACUCCCUCAGAAAGGAAUUCCAGAACUUGACAAUGGUGACAUGGAUGAACAAGAAAUUGAACAGUAGAUAAAUUACCUGGUAUUUCAUCAUCUAUGCUCAAUGAAUUUUUAGUUUGGAUCCCAUUUGGGCCAAAUUUAUG